AUGUCCGCACGCUCCCAACCAUCAAGACCAAUUACAGUCCUCGGUGCUGGCAUCCUCGGCCGUCGGAUUGCCUCUGUAUUUCUUUCUGACUCGCACAAAGUGCACCUUUGUGAUCCCAGCCAUGAUGCUCUUUCCGAAGCUGAGGCUUAUAUCAAUUCCUCAAGAGACACGUUCUCUGCGUUGACAUCAACGCCACAUCCCGAGACUGGCCCGUUAUCCCUCUUCACGGAUCGCGCGACGGCGCUUGACAACGCAUGGCUGGUUGUCGAGGCGGUUCCCGAAAUACUCGAUCUCAAAAUAGAAACUUUUGAAGAAGUGGACAGACUAGUCCCGGAUGACUGUAUCCUCGCGACAAAUUCCAGUUCGUUCAGGUCAGGGUCGAUGGUCUCUGGGCUAAGUGAUGAAAGAAAAAAGAGAGUACUGAAUGUGCAUUUUACCAUGCCACCGGGUACUCGCACGGUAGAGUUGAUGACUUGCGGCAAUACGGCAGAGGAUGUGAUCCAUGAUUUGGUAGGUGUGUUGGAAAGGUGUGGUUUGUGUCCGUUCGUUGCUAGGGAGGAGAGCACUGGCCUUAUUUUCAACCGUCUCUGGGCGACCGUCAAGCGAGAGAUAUUGUGCAUCCUCGCUGAAGGGGUCACUGUUCCCCAGGAGAUUGAUAGACUUUGGAAAAACAUGUUCGAUGGUGGGGCAAGUUCCACGCCGUGUCGCCUCAUGGACCGGAUUGGAUUGGAUACUGUUGCGCUCAUCGAAGACCACUAUAUCCAGGAGAGAAACCUGGAUGGGCGCAUGACAGUGGACUGGCUGAGAGAGGAGUAUAUCAAUAAGGGGCGGUUGGGCUGCAAGUCCGAGUUGGGCGGACUGUAUCCUCCAGAGCCUGAGGGUGCAUCUGCACAACUAUACGUGCUGGACGUUGGACUUGGGGCUAAUAAUGAGCUUCACCGCAUUCCGACAGCUGGACGUGUGCUUGCACUAUCUCCACAAACUGGCAUAUUUACUACUCUCAUCGGUGGGUUAUCGCUACCAGAUGGGAUUGAUGUCUCUCCUUCGUGCGGCAGGAUAUUCUGGACGAGUAUGGGACGUGAGAGGUCUACCUUUGAUGGAUCGAUGCAGUCUGCCAAGCUGGAUGGGAGUGAUUUGCAGACAAUCCUGAAACCUGGGACGCUGCACACACCGAAGCAGCUCAUCGUGGACGAUGUGGGUCAUAAGUUAUACUUCUGCGAUCGCGAGGGAAUGGGCGUGCACAGAUGCAACUUUGACGGAAGCGAGCAUCAGGUUCUUGUCCAAACAGGGUCUGUGACUGUUCUCUCCGAAAAGAAAGAUAUGAUGCGGUGGUGUGUGGGUGUCGCGCUCGACCGCGUCAAUGGGUUUGUCUACUGGUCACAGAAAGGGCCGAGUAAAUCCGGAACCGGGCGGAUAUUCCGGGCUGGGAUUGAUGUUCCUGAUGGACAGACUGCUCGGAACAGAGGUGAUGUUGAGUGUCUGCUAGAGGGGCUUCCAGAGCCAGUUGAUUUGGAGUUUGAUAAUCAGACGCGGAUGCUGUAUUGGACGGACCGGGGAGAACAUCCGACGGGCUGUUCCCUCAAUCGGAUCGAUUUGAGCGGCCAGGUUGACAAAGCAGCGUUGAGAGGCAGAAUGGAAAUCCUGGCGAGGCAAUUCAAUGAGCCGAUUGGCUUGAAGACAACGACGAAGGGCGUCUAUGUAACCGACUUGGGGGGGUGUGUGUAUCUGGUGGCCGAGGGGAAGAAGACGGUGGUGGCUCGAGAAGAAGCAUGUUUGACGGGAAUUGCAAUUUUGGAACAGAACGCCUAAAUGGCUGUUUUCACCAUUCGAGAUACAAUUCACACCACAUGUCAUCGAUGGCUCACCAGUCUCUUGGAAUCGGCGUGCACCACAUAGAACUUAGUUGGAUUCAUGUUUCGUAAUCCAACCGUGAUGUCCUGCUACUGAACUCGAACAUGACAGAAUACCUUUCCAACCGGUGUGCAAAAUAAGAACGAUAUAACUGG